UCGGCGUGGGAGCUUCGACUGUUCACACACACAUUCCUGUCUCCGACGUUUGUAUCAGAAUCAUCGGAUCAGGAUGAUACAUUUGGUUUUUCUGUUCCUCCUGGAGAUCCACACUGCUGCUGCAGCGCCACAUUCACUCAGGUAUUUUUACACUGGAUCAUCUGGAGUUCAAAACUUCCCUGAGUUCGUGGUUGUUGUUUUGGUGGACGACGUUCAGAUCCUUCACUACGACAGCAACAGCAGGAGAGUUGAACUCAAACAGGACUGGAUGAAGCAAGUCAUCGCUGAUGAUCCAAGUUAUUUAGAGAGAGAGACAGGGAACUUCUUUCGUGCACAGCAGGAGUUUAAGAACACUAUUGGUGUUUUGAAACAACGAUUCAACCAAACUGGAGGGGUUCACACGUAUCAGAGGAUGUACGGCUGUGAGUGGGACGAUGAGACCGGAGAGGUCAGAGGUUAUUGUCAAUGUGCUUAUGAUGGAGAAGACUUCAUCGCAUUGGACCUGAAGACUCUGACAUGGAUCGCUGCAACGCCACAGGCUGUCAUCACCAAACACAUGUGGGACAGUGAUGAGGGUAGAAACAAAUAUUGGCAGUACUACCACACCCAGGAGUGUCCUCAGUGGCUGAAGAAGUAUCUGAACUACGGCAAGAGCCGCCUGCUGAGAACAGAGCUUCCAAGAGUGGCUCUCCUCCAGAAGAAGCCCACCUCUCCAAUCGUCUGCCACGCCACAGGUUUCUUCCCCGCAAGAGCCAUGUUGUUCUGGACCAAAGAUGGAGAGGAGCUUCACGAAGACGUUGACAUGGGAGAGGUUCUUCCCAACCCUGACGGAACCUUCCAGAUGAGGGCCGAGCUCAGACUGUCGGACCCGUCCGUGGACUGGGGGAGGUACAGCUGUGUGUUCCAGCUGGCUGGUGUGAUGGAGGACAAGGUGACCCUGCUGAGGAAAGAAGACAUCUGGCCCAACAGAGAGCCCGACCUGAACCUGGGGCUCAUCGUCGGAGCUGUGGUGGCAGCUGUGGUCGCACUUGGUCUGAUGGUUGCUGGGUUCUUCGUCUACAGAAGAAGAAGAACUGGCAAAGCUCCUCCAUCUUCCAACAACACCUCUGAGGAGAAUCUGCUGCCGAAGCCAGACACACACCCUCCUGCUCCAGCUCCCAGUGCUUCUGAUCGACUGGUGUCUCCUCAAGAUGGAGGUCAGGAGUGAGUCACUUGGAUGACAUCACCCUCCCUGAUCCAUCAUCUGGACCCUCCAUCUGUGAUCAACUCAGCUCCAGGGGUUUGGAUUCUUGUCGUGCAGCAGUGAACUUGAGCCGAGCUUCAGCUGGGGAAGAGGGUCAGAGGUCGUGGACCCUCGUCAGCGCUGGGUUAUUUUUAUUGUCUCUUGAUGGUUUAUGUUCCAUGGUCUUCAUGUGAACAACAGUGUAUAUUUGGGGAA